AUGGCUGCAAAUUCUCAACAAUUUGGCAAUAGGCUUGUCCAACCAUCUAAGCAAGUGAAUGAGUUUCAGCAGGAAACACAACAAUUUCAACAAGAAACAAGAGCUAGUAUUCAAGAAACGAAGGCUAGUAUUCAGAACUUGGAAAGGCAGAUGGGUCAACUAGCGACUACGGUAAGUCGGUUGGAAUCACAGAGUUCUGGCAAACUACCCUCGCAAAUGGUGGUUAAUCCAAGAGAAAAUGCAAGUGCAAUUGUGUUGAGAAUUGGUAAGGAAAUUGAAGGGCCUGCGGUUGCUACCCCAUCAGUGAACCAAGAAAAAGAGGGAACUAACAACAAUGAAAAAUCUCAAGGUAAGUCUCCCAACCUUUCUGAUUAUGAACCAGUUCCCCCAUCCCCUCAAGCUUUGUCAGAAUCUAUAAAAGGAACGAAAGAUGAAGAGUUAUAUGAAACUUUCAAAAAUUGUGAAGUGAAUAUUCCGCUACUUGAUGCAAUAAAACAAGUUCCAAGAUAUGCUAAGUUCUUAAAGGAGUUGUGUACAACAAAAAGGAAACAAAGAUCAUCAAAGGGUGAGAAAGUGCUAAUGGGCAAGAAUGUUUCUGCUGUGAUUCAAAGCAAGCUUCCUGAAAAAUGCAAGGAUCCAGGUAUGUUUACUAUUCCUUGUAUGAUAGGCGAUACUAAACUUGAGAAAGCCAUGUUAGACUUAAGAGCAUCUAUUAAUGUUAUGCCAUAUUCUGUUGGCACACUUACUAUGGAAUUUGAUGGUAAUGUUGUUACGUUCAAUAUUUAUAAUGCUAUGAAAUACCCUGGAGGUGAUUGUGUUGCUUGCUCUGUUGAUAUUAUUGAUUCAUUGGUUGAAGAAGUUUUUGAAUUUAAUGGUGAAGAUAAAUUGGAAGUUGUUAUUUGUGAACACCUUGAAAAUGAUGAAUUUGCUAUGAGUGACAAUUUACGAGAAGUUAUUGCAUCAUUGAAUCAUUGUCCUAAAUUGCGCCAACAAAGUAAGGUUUCUUAUAUGGCUUUACCUGCUUCUAGUGAAAAAUUGUUACCAUCUGUUGUGCAAGCACCGAUCCCCGCAUUGAAACCCCUUCUUGAACACCUUAAAUAUGCUUUCUUAGGAGAAAAUAAAACAUUGCCAGUCAUAAUUUCAACUAAACUGUCUGCAAUAGAAGAGGAAAAACUUGUCCAAGUGCUAAAAGAACACAAAACUGCCAUUGGGUGGACAAUUGCAGACAUCAAAGGGAUAAGUCCAUCCACUUGCAUGCACCGAAUCCUUCUAGAUGAAGGAGCAGAACCAUCUCGUCAACCACAAAGAAGGCUAAACCCGCCCAUGAUGGAAGUAGUCAAGGAAGAGGUCAUCAAACUCCUUGGGGCUGGGAUAAUCUAUCCAAUUUCAGACAGCAAAUGGGUUAGCCCAACUCAAGUGGUUCCUAAGAAAACAGGGAUUACGGUUGUCAAAAACCAAAAUGAUGAACUGGUCCCCACUCGUAUUCAAAAUGGGUGGCGAGUUUGUAUAGAUUAUAGGAAGUUGAAUGCUGUUACAAGAAAAGAUCACUUCCCCUUACCGUUUAUUGACCAAAUGUUAGAAAGGUUAGCUGGUCGCUCUUAUUUUUGUUUUCUUGAUGGUUAUUCAGGUUAUUUCCAGAUUGCAAUUGCUCCGGAAGACCAGGAAAAAAUGACUUUUACAUGUCCCUUUGGCACUUUUGCAUAUCGACGCAUGCCGUUUGGCCUCUGUAAUGCCCCGGGUACCUUUCAAAGGUGUAUGGUUAGUAUAUUUUCUGAUUAUGUAGGGCAUAUGAUUGAAGUUUUCAUGGAUGAUUUUACAGUUUAUGGUGACUCUUUUGAUACCUGCUUACAUAACCUUUCUGGGAUUGAGGUUGAUAAAGCCAAGGUUGAUAUUAUUGAAUCUCUGCCGUAUCUCACUAAUGUGCGGGAAGUCCGCUCUUUUCUUGGACAUGCAGGUUUUUAUCGAAGGUUUAUCAAAGACUUCUCGAAAAUAGCCUUACCUUUAAGCAAACUGUUGCAGAAAGAGACAUCAUUUGAGUUUGACAAAGAGUGUAAAGGAGCAUUUGACGAAUUGAAAGAGUUGUUGGCAUCUGCGCCGAUCAUUCAGCCACCUAACUGGGACUACCCAUUUGAGAUUAUGUGUGAUGCAAGUGAUCACGCAGUUGGGGCUGUGUUGGGCCAAAAGAUCGGGAAAUCUUCCCACGUUAUUUAUUAUGCUUCUAGGACUUUAAAUGAUGCUCAGAAAAACUUUUCUACUACAGAGAAAGAACUUUUAGCCAUUGUUUUUGCUUUAGAAAAAUUUAGGUCUUAUUUGCUGGGCACAAAAGUUAUAGUUUAUUCUGACCAUGCAGCUCUUCGCUACUUGAUGCAAAAGCAGGAAGCCAACCCACGAUUAAUAAGAUGGAUACUCCUCUUAAGUGAGUUUGAUGUGGAGAUCAAAGAUAAGAAGGGGUCAGAAAAUCUUGUGGCCGAUCAUUUGAGUCGGUUGGUACACAUUAAACCAGAACCUCCACUGCGAGAAGCAUUCCCUGAUGAACACCUAUUGGCUGCAACUGUGGUUUUACCUUGGUAUGCUAACAUAGUCAAAUUUUUGGUUGCUAACAAAUUUCCUUUUGAUUCCUCUAAGGCACAGAAAGAUAAAAUCAAGAGUAAUGCCAAGUACUAUGUAUGGGAUGAACCGUACCUUUGGAAACAUUGUGCUGACCAAGUGGUAAGGCGGUGUGUACCUGAUGAUGAAAUUUGUUGUGAUGCUUGUCAAAAGUCAGGUAAUUUAUCCCGGAGAAAUGAAAUGCCACAAACUCCGGUCCUAUUUUGUGAGGUCUUUGAUGUUUGGGGCAUUGAUUUUAUGGGCCCAUUUCCUGUAUCUUUUGGUUUUGUCUAUAUUUUACUUGCGGUUGAUUACGUUUCGAAGUGGGUGGAAGCUAAAGCCACCAGGACUGAUGACUCUAAAGCUGUUGCAGAUUUUAUCAAAACUAACAUCUUUUCCAGAUUUGGAAUUCCGAGGGCUAUAAUAAGUGAUCAGGGUACUCACUUUUGUAAUCACACCAUCGAAGCUUUGCUUAAAAAGUAUCAUCUCACCCAUAAGGUGUCAACUGCCUACCACCCGCAGACUAACGGGCAAGCAGAGGUAUCCAACCGAGAGGUAAAGUCAAUCCUUGAGAAAACAGUCAACCCAAACAGGAAGGAUUGGAGUUUGCGAUUAGAUGAUGCAUUGUGGGCGUACAGAACCGCAUACAAAACACCUAUUGGUAUGUCCCCUUAUCGCAUUGUGUUUGGGAAAGCUUGCCACCUCCCCGUUGAGUUAGAACACAAAGCUUAUUGGGUUGUCAAGAGCUUUAAUAUGAACAUUGAUGAAAGUGGCCUACACCGGAAGUUGCAACUUUCUGAGUUGGAGGAGAUUCGCAAUGAGGCCUACGAGAAUUCAAGAAUCUACAAAGAAAAGACAAAAGCAUUUCAUGACAAGAUGCUUUUGAGAAAGGAAUUUUCAAUUGGACAAAAGGUCCUACUCUUCCAGUCACGUCUUCGGCUAUUCCCAGAAGGUGAUCCUAUACAAGAGAUUGUCGAUAACACAUAUCCUUCAUACCGUAGUAGUAAGAUGGACCCUAAAAAUCUGGAGACUCGAGCCAUCUUGGCUCCGAAAUUAGAUGUUGUCGACUAUGUGAAUGAAUACAUGAAAGGUAUGAAUGAGGUGUCAUCUAAGAUUUUGAGCUGUUCAGAUAUACCAAACCAUUCAUUAACAUUGAAGGUUGGAUCUCCAGUUAUGCUUUUGAGAAACAUAGACGACUCAUUGGGUCAUUCUAAUGAAACAGGAUUGAUUAUCUCAAGACUAGGAAACUAUGUGCUUGAAGUGCAGAUUAUGAAGGGAAACAAUGCAUGUACCAAUGUGUUGAUCCCAUAG